GUAGUGGUUAAGUGCACAGACUCUUAUCUGGGAGAACUGGGUUUGAUUCCUCACUCCUCCACUUGCAGCCUUGCAAAUGGUCUUGGGUCAGCCACAGCUCUCACAGAGCUGUUCUCGAAAGGGCAGCUUCUGGGAGAGCUCUCUCAGCCCCACCUACCUCACAGGGUGUCUGUUGUGGGGGAAGAAGAUAAAGGAGAUUGUAAGCCACUCUGAUUCAGAGAGAGGGGUGGGAUAUAAAUCCAAUUAUUUCUUCUUCUUCCCCUCUAAUCUUCAUUCACUGGUUAGAUCAGAGCCUUCUAUUAAAUAACGAGAGAGAGAGAAAAGAUAUCUGCCAGAUUUUCUAGCAGAUGCAAUGGCACCAAAAUACAGAACCUCUAACCACCAGGAGAGACUAUCCCAUCUCUAGUUCAUCAGCCCUAAAAUAUCUUUGAGGGAGGAUGGCCCUUUUACUCACAUCCCCCCAGCACAGUCCAGGGAGAGUCUUUAAUGGCCAUCAGCUGGGCUCCUUAGCCUUUGAUUGAGAGGGGGCCCAGGGAAGUAUAAAAGGUUCCAGGUAAGCAGCCUCAGCUACUCAUCCUCUUUCUCGCCUCCUUUAGGAAGGGGCCUUUCAUUUCAGAAGACUUGCUUCCCUGUGCCUGGUUGGGACCACAGCGGAACCUCUCAGAAUGCUUUCUUGCUUAGGAAUCCGCAAAGGCCUGGGCCAACUGGAAGCCUAUGCAGAAGAGAAGGAAGGUGUGGCGUUCCUGAUGGACAACUGCAUGUAUUGGGACUCCUCUGGGGAUGACCAUCAGUUAGCUAUCCUGGCUGCAGAGGAAAAGAACUUCUCAAGCAAAUAUUUUGUCACGGUUACGCAGCAAGGGAAAGUUGCUCUAAGAGACUUCAGGAAAUUCUACCUUGCCACCAAACCUGUGGGUAACUCACAGCCCCUGCUUCCUGAGCAUCACACACCGGAGGCAUCCUCAGAGUUCAAAGUCUUCCAUAAAGACAACAAGAUAGCUUUCCGGGCCCACAACGGCUGCUUUUUGGCCAGAGUCUUCAGAGAAUUCUCCACAAUAGAAGCUUCCAAAACCACUGUGGAUUCCAGCUGCUUUUUCCAGCCCGAGAUCGGAGACCGUUUUCUCCCAACCUAUGAUGUCCUCAAUGUGGACAUAGGGGACCACUCGAACCUGAAAUGCCGCCGGUGCGUCUUGAAGAAGGAAACUUACGUCAAUCGUAGCGAGGAACCAGUCAACCACAGGUUCAAGUUGACGUGGAAAAAAGAAACCAUUCAGACGACGGUCUGGGUGCACAGGUGGGGGCUGGGCUUGGCCACCACAGCAGACUUCACCAUCCUGGACACGGAGGCCACCCUGAAAUACAACGAGGACAACGAUAAGGUUGUCUCAGUGCCAAAGGUCAUUUGUGAGACUCUCGCGGAGGUGGUGGAGGUGCCUCCCAAGACAAAGGCCACCGCUCGACUUGUGGUCUGCAAGCAAGACCACGUGUCUGUCCCCUUCAGGGUCAAGAUUCGGAAGCUGAAGCCGGGAGGGUUUCUGCAGAGCUUUGUGACGCCCGGGGUUUGGCACGGGCUUGUCUAUUGCGAUCUGAAGCUGGAAAUCAAGAUGAAACCGCUUCGGACCCCGUGUACAGUCAUGUGAAGUUGGACGGUGGUUCUCAGCCUAGCAGCAGGGGGCAACAACAUGACUUUUUUUAAAACGCAGGAGCGGAGGUCGCGUCUCACGCUCUCAAAAUGAAAUAAAAGUUGCAACUUUUAAAAAAAAA